AUCGAUAAAAAUACUAUUGCCAUAUCUCCAACCUAUUUCGGACGCCGCACUGCAAGAAAAAUAUAAUAAAAAGAGAAAUAAUUUAAGCAAAAAGACAACAGCAAAAAGAACAACCACCAUUAAUGGCGGAAUCCGAUGAUGAAUACGAUCGCAAGCGACGCGACAAAUUUCGCGGCGAACGCGACAGCUACAGGCCCGAACGCCGGGACGACCGUCGACCAAUGGGCGGCGGAGCUGGCAACGCCCGCGAUGAGUGGGCCGAGCGGAAUCCAUUUCGCGGCAGUGCUGCGGCAGGCGGUGGUGGAGGUGGUGGCGGCGUCGGCGGUGGCGGUGGGGCUCGUCAUCGGCCGGAUUACAGUGACUAUCGGGGAUCGGGUCCACGGCCGCGCUACGGCUCCCCGGGACGUGAGAUGCCGCCGGCGAAACGCAUGCGACCUGACUGGGGUGACGGCGAAAUGCGCGCCAAUCCGCGUUUUGGCUACGAUCCGUACCUGGUGCAAGCAUGGAACGAUCACUAUCAAUCACUGCACUCGGCUUACUCGCACUCGGGACAUGCGCCGUCUGCACGUGAACCGCCGCCGAGCGGGAUCAGCAAUAGCGACACACAAACGCAGCCGGCAAUGCUGACGCUGAAACAGUUCCUGGACACACAGGACGAGAACAUAUCCGACUCGGAGGUGAUGCGCAAAUACACUGAAUACAAGACGGACUUUAAGCGGCAGCAGCUGAACGAGUUCUUUGUGGCGCACAAGGACGAGGAAUGGUUCAAGAACAAAUAUCAUCCCGAGGACAGUGUGCGACGCAGCGACGAACAGCGCGGCUUUCUCAAGAGACGCACGGAUGUAUUUCUAGAGCUGCUCAAUAAUGGCACCAUUAGCAAUGUCAAAGUGGACUCCUCGCAGGCGGAUGCAUUGGUGCGUGUCCUGGACACGUGUGUGAUCAAACUGGAAGGCGGCACUGAUGAAGAUCUAAAGAUACUCGACGAGAAGCCCAAGGAUCCGGCGCCUGUCUACGAGCGCAGGUCGGAGAGAUCGGAAAGGUCGGAAGCGACUGAAUCGGUGGUUGUAACCAAGCGAGAACCUGAGAGUCCCAAGCACCAGACAAAAUCGGAGAAAGAUGAUGAUGAUUUGCCCGAGGUUGAGUCGCCGCAACGCAAGAAUGUGCGGCCAGUUAAUUCCGACGAUGAGGACUGGGAUGACGACGAGGAGAUGCCAGCUGCCAAGAGCGAGCAGCAAUCGGAGCUGGCGGCAGAGAAGCCUGCCAAGCAGUUGAACGAUGAGGAAUCAAUGCAAGCCAAUAUCGAUAAGAAUCAAAAGAAGUCAAAGAAACGGAAACGCACCAGCAGCGACGAUGAGAGCUCGUCAUCCUCCAGCUCUGAAUCGGACUCCGAUUCGGAUGACGAGAAGCUGAUAGAGAAAUACGAUGUGGAGGAGGGACUACGUGCCGAUCAAAAGGCGGAAGCAGAAAAAGACAAGGAGGAGGAGGAGGAGAGAGCGGCAACGGCAGCAGCCAAAGCCAAACAACUGCCGCCCGACAGUCCCACACCCGAUGAGGAUGUCGACGCGGCUGCCGUGGAGGAGCAGAAGAACGAGGUUGUAGCCAUCAAGACCGAAGUCAACGAUGAGGAGUCGCAGAAAACGGAGCAGCCAGCAGCGGAGGAAGAGAAGUCCGAGCAGCCAAAAGAUGACCCCGAAGCAUCCUCAAAGAAUGGCGAAGAGAAUGAGGAGGAGAAAGCAGAAAAAAGCGAAGCAGAUACUGCAACAACAAAGGCAGCAGCAGCGGCGGCGGAUGAUGAUGCAAUGACUGAGACAAUCGAUGUGGACAAACUGAAGGAUUCAUUGAAGCCACGCGCUUUGCAUCGCACCUCAUCCAUAUUUCUGCGCAACUUGGCGCCCUCCAUAACCAAGGCAGAGAUCGAGACGAUCUGCACACGCUUCAGCGGCUAUUUGCGCGUGGCCAUCGCCGAUCCGCUGGUGGAGCGUCGCUGGUAUCGUCGCGGCUGGAUCACCUUUACGCGCGACGUGAACAUCAAGGAGAUCUGCUGGAGCCUGAACAAUCAGCGGCUGCGUGACUGCGAAAUGGGCGCCAUUGUCAAUCGGGAUCUGAGCCGGCGUGUUCGCCCUGCCAAUGGGAUUACGGCGCACAAGCAGAUCGUGCGCUCCGAUAUUAAACUGUGUGCCAAGAUUGCCAUGAAUCUGGACGAGCGCUUUAAGCUGUGGAGUGAAGUGGAUAAUGCGGAUAAUGCGGAGCUAAAUCCGGAGGAGCUCAAGGAGGCAACCAAUGGCAGCGGCAGCUAUGGUUUCAAUUCCAAGAAUCCGGUGCUGCAAAACAUAACAGAUUACCUCAUCGAAGAGGCCUCCGCCGAGGAGGAGGAACUACUCGGCCUGGCCGGCGAUAGCAAGGAUGGCGAGGGUGAGCCCAUUGAGCGGGACGAGCCGCUGAUACAAGUGCUCGAUCGUCUGGUGCUCUAUUUGCGUGUUGUGCACUCGGUGGACUACUACAAUCACUGCGAGUACCCAUACGAGGAUGAGAUGCCCAAUCGCUGUGGCAUCAUCCAUGCACGUGGUCCCGCCCCCAUGCGUGUGACCAGCAACGAUGUACAGGAGUAUAUCAAAUCCUACGAGGGCAAACUGCAACAGUUCUUGGCCAAGACGGUGCAGUUGAGCGAUGAGAAUAUCAAAGAGCUCGGCGCCAAGAAUCCCGAAAAGGAAGUCGAAAAAUUUGUGCAGGCCAACACACAGGAGCUGGCCAAGGAUAAGUGGCUGUGCCCGCUCUCCGGCAAGAAGUUCAAGGGGCCCGAAUUCAUACGCAAACACAUAUUCAACAAGCACGAGGAGAAGGUGGACGAGGUGCGCAAGGAGGUGCAAUAUUUCAACAAUUAUUUGCGUGAUCCCAAGCGGCCGCAGCUGCCCGAGCAUCCUGGCAGCUCCAAGCGCACCGAAUCCGAAUCGGGACGUGGCUCGGGAGGAUAUCGGCCGCCCAUGUAUCCCCCCUUCUCUGCCAUGCCAUAUGGCUUUGCCCCGCCGAUGAUGGGAGGCGGUGGUCGAGGUGGACGCAAUUUUCCCCAGGCUCGCAGAGAAAUGCCUGUGGAACACCAACGCCGGCUUAUCGGUUACCAUGAUUUGGAUGCGCCCGUUAAUUCCGAUAUGUUUGACUAAUUAACGAAUUGAUUAGCAUUAAAAAAAAACAGCAGUUAACCACACAGAUAACGCAAUACAAUAAAGUUUUCGAGCUCAGUCCAUAAAAGCAAUUCAAGCAAUGCCAGGCUAAAAAGGGAAUUACAAAACUUAUAUAUAUAUACACAUCUUAUAUAAACUAUUCCUUAAAUGAAAUUGUUAUACCUUUUCUUUUUUGUACAAUAUGGCGAUUGUAUUUUGAAAAAAGAAAAUGAAAAAAAAACAACGGAGAGCGAAUAUUACAUUUUCAUAUACACAAGUCUUAAAAAAAUGUCAAAAUUUAUGUCAAUUGUUAAGCUCACAAUUAUUAAAUUUGAAAACCAGCCAACUUGCGACGAAUUUUAAAUAAAUGUUUUUUUUUUUACUACAUAUGUAUAAGAUUUGUGUGAUUUAUUCCAAACUCUAAACAACAUUCAUUCUUGUUGCUUACAGACCCGGUGGUUUUGAUUAUCGCGCCAGAUCACACUACCGGGACUUGGACGCGCCGCAAGAGCCGUACUAAAUAAUAAUAAUUAUAAAUAAAAGAAAAUAAAUAAAAAACACCCCACACCAUAGACUACAAUAAACACCGUUAGUUAAUACAUAAUUACAAUUCACACAUUGAAGAAAUAUGAUUACCACAAGAGAUUUUUAAAGCCAUUUUAUAAACAAUCAUUAACUAAAUUAUUUAAAACAAACAACAUCUUUCAUUAUAACAAAUUUUGGUGUAUGCCAAUUGUUUUGUAUUGCUUGAACAAAAUGAAACGAAAUGAAAACUUAAUAAAAAUGGGUUAUCAACAUGACA